ACUGAUACCCUCCAGUAUCUGAUCUCCCAGUUCUCCCCCUCCAACAGAUUCCUAUCUUCUGCUUGACCUUAUUCCUUGACAUACUCACAUGUUGCUGUCUCUUCUACUCGCCCUCGUCUUCCAAUCCUUGGUUUCAACUAUCUCAUCUAGCGAAUAUCCUUGAUCACAAUUCUCAAAAUAAGCGACCGGAUUCGCCCACAGUACACCAUGUUCCAGUCACAGUAAGUACACAGAUCAACUGGCUCUGGUUUCUGAAAGACUGAUGUCAGAGAUAGGGACCUGACUUACGACGACAUCGCCAAACUCAAUCCCUUUUACGAACCAUUCAUGAAGUUCUGGACGGGCUCUCCAACUAGUGAUACGGCCGUUCCAUUCGAUGCUCAGUCAUCCGCCUCGUCGGAGUACAUUCCCGUUGGAAUCGAAUCAGAUCUGUCACCUCCGUCGCCCGUAAGGCACCAGUCCGAGUUUGAUGACACAGUCUGUGUGCUGGAGGCGCCGGGCUUGACACUGCACAAUGGCCGUGGACAUCAAAUCGGCUACCACCCAUACUCCGAGCCCGAAGUCAGCCAGACGGUCCUGAUGAGGCUCAGUCCUAGCCCUCAGCUGUCUCCGACUGCCCCAGACCUAACUGGUGUUUCGCUGGUUGGUAACCCCUUGAGCGGAAGCAAGCCGUCACACAAGAAGCUUUUCGGCGAGAACGGCUGGCUGGGGAGCAACGCAGAUCUCAGAGAAUUGGCGGGUGACAACCACAAGUCUUUCGGCUUGCGCAGAUUGGGGAAAAAAUUCAAGAUGCAUGUGGAAGACCUGGUGGAAGACCUGGUAAGUAGACCACCGCGUUCCGAUGGAAGACCAUGUCCUGACAUCUCCUUUGAACAGACCGGUGACCUUUUCAAGGUCAACCUUGGCAUCCAUUCCUCCGGGCCGAUCCCAGAGAGGUAUGGACCUGCACGGACUGUGCCGGUUUCGCUGGAUGCUCCGACCCAGGCAAGAUUGUACUCGCAAUUGGAGGUCAUGAUCUGCGUCGUUGCCAACCGGUUCCUCGUCGAACAACACAAUCGAGGUCUGCUUUCUGGGGAAUCCAUUUCCAAGGUCACCAACUACUGGGCUGCGAAGAAUCGACCACGAGUCGUGGAGUUUCACUAUGAUCAAGCCACCCAGCGCCAGUUGAUCUUGUCAAACCUUCGGACUGUUCAAUUCAACGGAUGUAGCGCGACCAACCCAGUCCAGCUGAGAACGAACCUGAACAACUGGAAAGCGAUCGGAAAAGAGAUGAGCGUUCGCACUUUCUGCGCCCCGGACAGCGCGAUUCGUAAGCAGAUGUAUGACAUCCAUAAGCUUCUUGAGAUGCUCGGAGCACCCUGCAGUGGGAGAAACGGGCCUACACUGGCUCUUACUGGCUCGAUCUAUGUCUUUUGCCUUUCAUUUCCGCGGAAAUAUUAUUGUCUUCAUGUCUCCUUGCGAUAACGGAGUUGUUAAGCGUAUCGAAUGAUAGUCUAGAAAAUCCAUCAAUUUCUCCGCCUUUUUCAUCCGUCACGCGCGGAAUUCUUGGCCGAAUGAACGGAUUGCCAUCAUGUGCGGAUCAGGGUCAUUGCAUAAUCGGGGGGAUCCUAGCUCAGACGAAUAACGACUUCAAAUGACCAACGUGGCUUCUGCGUGACUGCUGUCAUACUCGAGAUGAUGAGGUGGCAGUUGCGGUCGGCGGUGGUGGUUGUGGU